GUGGAGGAGGCGGCGCUAGGACCGCGGCUCCGUCGGUGCGCAGAUCCAGGGACGCACCAGCCCCGCAGAUCCCGCAGAUCCCCGGCAGAGCCGCAGAUCGCAGACCGGGCUCCGCGGGCACCGAGUCUCUCUGCGGCGCCACGCAUCACCGGCGGCGGGGGAGGGAGGGACGCAGCGCCCUGAGCCGCGCACCGAGCCGCGCACCGAGCCGCGCCUCCUCCGUAUGGCCGCAGCAUGCGCAGGAUACGGGCCAACGCCAUCGCCAUCCUCACCGUGGCCUGGAUCCUGGGCACCUUCUACUACCUGUGGCAGGACAACAACAAGCCCGGACCUGGGGGGUCCGGGGGGCCCGGGGGGGCCGCCGGGGCCGCCGGGGCCGCGGGGGCCGCGCCGGCAGCAUCAUCCGACCGACACCGGGGGGGCGGCGGCCGCACGGAGCUGCGCCGGGAUGACAGGACCAUCCCGCUGAUCGUGACGCCGCCGCCCCGCGCCGAGCCACAGGCGCAGCUAUUGGGCGGCUUCGAUGACAAGGCCUUCCUGGCCGCCAAGCAGCUGCGGCCCGGCGACGACCCGUACCGGGAGCACGCCUUCAACCUGCAGGAGAGCGACCGGCUGGGCGGCGAGCGGGCCAUCCGGGACACCCGGCACUACAGGUGUGCAGCGCUGAGCUACGACCAGGACCUGCCGUCCACCAGCAUCAUCAUCACCUUCCACAACGAGGCCAGAUCCACGCUGCUCCGCACCAUCAAGAGUGUCCUGAUGAGAAGUCCUUCAUCGCUCAUUCAGGAGAUUAUCCUGAUCGACGACUUCAGCUCCGACCCUGACGACUGCCAGCUUCUCUCUCAGAUCCCCAAAGUCCGCUGCCUGAGGAACAACAGGAGGGAGGGUCUGAUCCGGUCCCGGGUCCGCGGCGCCACAGCGGCCGCCGCCUCCGUCCUCACCUUCCUGGACAGUCACUGCGAGGUCAACGCCGACUGGCUGCAGCCCAUGAUCCAGCGGGUCAAGGAGGAUCACACCCGGGUCGUCAGUCCGAUCAUCGACGUCAUCAGCCUGGACAACUUUGCGUAUUUGGCUGCAUCAGCUGACCUGAGAGGAGGGUUCGACUGGAGUCUCCACUUCAAGUGGGAGCAGAUUCCCAUCGAGCAGAAGAUGGCGAGGAGCGACCCCACGCAGCCAAUCAGGACGCCCGUCAUCGCCGGCGGGAUCUUCGUGAUGGACAAGAGCUGGUUCAACCACCUGGGCCAGUACGACACUCACAUGGACAUCUGGGGAGGAGAGAACUUUGAACUGUCGUUCCGGGUGUGGAUGUGCGGCGGGAGUCUGGAGAUCCUGCCCUGCAGCCGCGUGGGCCACGUGUUCAGGAAGCGCCACCCGUACGAUUUCCCAGAGGGCAACGCUCUCACCUACAUCAAGAACACCCGGCGGGCGGCGGAGGUGUGGAUGGACGAGUACAAGCAGUACUACUACUCGGCUCGGCCCUCGGCGCAGGGCAAGGCCUUCGGCAGCAUCACGGAGCGUCUGUCUCUGCGGCGGAAGCUGAGCUGCAAACCAUUCCGCUGGUACAUGGAGAACGUUUACCCGGAGCUCAGGGUCCCGGAGCAGGACGCCGUGUCCAGCAUCCUGAAGCAGGGCGGGUUCUGCCUGGAGUCCCGCGGUGCCGACCUGCUGGGCCUGGGGGAGUGCAGGGUCGCCGGGGGCAACCGGCCGGGCUCGCAGAGGUGGGAGCUGGUGGAGCCGCUGAUCCGGCAGCAGGAUCUCUGCCUGGCCAUCUCCGCCUUCACCGCCGGGUCAAAGGUCAAGAUGGAGCCCUGCAACUCCAAGGAGCCGCGGCAGAAGUGGAAGCCGAAGGGCUCGGCGCUGCAGCACAUGGUGAGCGGGCUCUGCCUGGACUCCCAGAGCCCGCCGGGCCCGGCCGGCGUCACGCAGUGCCGCCCGGGGGUGGCGGGGCAGUCCUGGGAGCCGAUGGUCAUCACCUGAGCCCCGCCCCCCUGAGGCCCCGCCCCCCCUGAGGCCCCGCCCCUCGGGCCCGGGGGUGGCGGGGCAGUCCUGGGAGCCCAUGGUCAUCACCUGAGCCCCGCCCCCCCUGAGGCCCCGCCCCCUGGCCCUGGUCACGCCCCCUGAGGGCUUGGGGGCGGGGCCUGGACCGGAGCGCCGGCCAAGGAUGAACGGAGAGGAAACUUUGUGAUGUCACUUCCGGCUGC